GAUGUCAAUGCGAAUCAAAAUUUUUCGUUGGGUAAAAAACUUUACCAUUAUUAUUGAUGAUUUAAAAUAACUAAAAGUGCUAAAAUCAUCGCUCCAUAAUUUGGUUUAUCAGCUACAAUUGCGUAAUUAAAAAUGUAUCUCUCUUCUGUUAGUUCUCGCUUACAUCUUCACGAUACUAACAGUUGGGAGUUAAAAAAAUCGUACGGAUGUUAUGAUGGUCUAAUGAGAGAUAUAUCAUGGAGCGAUGAUGGUAAAUACAUAUUACAGGUCAACUGCAAAGGUUUAAUCGAAAUUUUAACACCCGCAGACCAUGACAUACGUAGCUUACAGCAUAUUCCAUUGAAGGACACCUGGUCAGCUGGUUUCCACCGAGAGGGCCACCGAAAUGUCGCCAUAGGCACCAAGAGCGGUAAUGUUCUGAUAUGGGACACGAAAAACAAGACUAUAACGAAAACAUUCCCCACUCCCACGCAUCAGGCUAGCGUUAACUACAUAAGUUAUAAUGCCAAAAAUAAUAACUUAGCAGCUACCAUGAAUAAUGGAGAAACUGUAAUUUACGGACUGGUUUCUAACAUUCCAAUAUUAACAGUUAAACUUAAUUGUUCGAAAAGCGUUUCUGCAAUGAAAUUCCAUCAUGAAACACGCUGCUUAUUAGGGUUAGCUACGGAUGAAGGACAUGUCUUCCUUCGAGACAUCAACACUAAUAAGGAUAAAGCAUUCUUUGAUAACAUCCAUGCAGCACCUGUUAGCGAUAUCGCAUAUUCAUUGAUAAACAAAGAUGUCAUGUUGUCCAGUGGCUACGACAAAAUUGUUCAUGUAUAUGACAUAAGACUCCAAAAUGUAGUGUCUACCAUCAAAACAUCUUACACAUUGUCUUCUGUAGCUAUAAAUGCUGACAAUCAAGUUGCUAUCGGGACCAGAAAUGGAGUAGUAAUGAUUUACGAUUUAAGAGAUUUAACCAGUCCGUUUACAACCUUAAAAGGUCAUAGUGAGGAGGUUAAGAAAGUAGCCUUCCAACCUUCAAGGAAGAAGCCACAACUUAAUGAAAUAAGCAUUCAAGAAGACACUGAACUAAACUUGACACCUUGUAAACCGAGCCCCGGAAAGCCUAGGACUUCUGACAUGUUCUUAAUCUCGGCCUCACCUAACAAAGAUAAUCUGGACGUUACUGAAAAGACUGAAGAUAAAAGAGCUGAUUCAUUCCUAGUCCUGAUGGGGCUAGACAAGUCUAAUGAAGAUGAUGUAAAUAAAUCGCAGUUUAAAGAAAGCAGCAUUUUAGAAAGAAACAAAAGAUUGGAUGUAGAAAAGAGUAUGAGUAAAAUUUCAACACCUCUUCAUAAUCAAGUCGCUGACAAUUUAGCGUUUCAGUCUCCCGUUUUAAAUGGAGCUCCUGAUGAUGGGAGACCGCUAAUAAUGGUAAACGGAGAAAAGGAAAAGAUUGCGAGAUAUGAUUCUAACAUUGUUGAAGAGCUUAAAGAUUUCAUCGAGCUCAGUCUCGCAGAUGUCGCAGAGGAUAAUAAGAACUAUUUCCUGCACAUCAUGAUGGUUCUGACGAAGCAGCGGCUUUCGUUGGAGAAGCAGAUGGCUGCCAUGAGUUCUCAGAUCUCGAUGAUGCAACAGAACCAGAAUGAGUUGGUGGAUGCGAAUAAGAGACUGGCCUUGCAAGUGGAACAAUUGAAAUAUGCUGCUAACAAUAAUCUUUAAAUUAUUGCCCUUUUUCUACUACUUUUAACUGUAGUAAAGGAUGUAAAACCCAGUUUUUACCCAAUAGAAGAUAAAUCCUAAUAGAGGCUGGUCCUUAGUAAUAGCCUAAUCUCAUUGUUAUAAAAAAAAUCUCUCCCAUGUUCUAUCUUAAAGCUUUGUCAUACAGCAGCUUUUUUCACACUCUGCUUGUGUCCCGUGGCAGUGUGAUGAAGCCUUUACAGUGAAGGACAAAUGUAU